AUGGGAAAUCACUCAUAUUUGCUGCCCAUCAGGGCCAAAGAUACACGGAGUGUGGUUCAGAACGCUUUAUCUCAAGAAAAUAUCGAAUCUCGUCCCGCUGCAGAUGUUCACUCGGAUCAAAAGACAUUUGAUGUAGCAGGUUCUCCUGAGCCUUAUUCUCCUCAUGCCCCAAUAGAAUCUGCUGCUACCUCGAACGAUGACGCGCCCCAAUCUCGACUCCCAUUGCGACAUAACAAUAAUGAACAACAAGACUCUGUCGGCGAUACUAGAAUCAAAUCAGACAAGCUGGAAAUGAGCGCAAAUGAUUCGACCGACUCUCAAAGUUCUCCGAAGAAGAAGACAAAUGGUCGCGUUCUCUAUUGCGAUAUCCUUGGCCCCGAUGGAACGCCUUGGUUGCCAAAAUUAUCAAGGAAACAAAGACAAAUGAAGAAGCGAUGGUAUCGUGCUGCUGUUCAAGCAAAGAUGGCUAAAGAUGAAAUGCUUGCGGCUGCAGAGAAAGAGAGAAUUCGAAAAUGA